AUGCAUUUGAGGUAUUAUUUGAAUGAGGAAGGCAAGCGAGUCUACACCUUGAAGAAUACACUUGAUGAUGGUUCAUACACAUUUAAUGCACAUCCUGCAAGAUUUAGUCCUGAUGAUGUUAAUUAGAAAUACAGAGUGGAACUCAAGAAAAGAUUUGGAUUGUUACCAACAUAAGGAGAGCCUCAUUAAUUUUGA